AUGAGAUUGUGGAUCCUUUACCAAAGAGUUUUUUCCAGAGUUUUUACAGUUUUGAUUGUAAACAUCGUGCAUGGAUAUACUUCUUUUCCCCAUGUGACGUCAGUUACUGGUAAUGUUUACUUGGCGGGAAUAUUUACUUUAAAAUCAUCUACACGCACCGGAAGUGAAUGUGAUGGUCAAGCGGUUGUGACGUCUGUGAUGGCAUUGGAAUUAGUCAAAUGGGCGAUACGUCGAUUGAAUGAACACAACUACAUUCCCGGAGUAAAAAUAGGAUUAUUAACCUUUCCUUCGUGUAUGUCAGACAAACUAGUUGGCUACAGAGCUGUGGAAAUAUCGUCCAUUAUACAAGAAAGAACAAAAAACAUUAUAGGUAUCAUUGGAGCAGAAACCAAUUCCCAGUCGGAAUGGAUCGCUACUAUACUGGCCGGACUUCCACAGUCUGUUUCUCCCCCUAUGAUAUCCUAUUCCUCAACGGCUGCUAUUCUGAGUGAUGUUUCAAAAUUUCCAAAUUUCUUUAGAACAAUUCCUUCAGACAGAAUACAAGUGAAGGUCAUGGCGUCUUUGCUGGUGGAGUUAGAAUGGAACUACAUCUCAAUUGUACAUGAAAAUAAGGACUACAAUCGACAAAAUGCCGAAACUUUACAGGAAAUGUUACGAGAGAAGGGGGUAUGUAUCCGCUCUGUAAACAGUUUUAAUACAACAUACGGUGUCGAGAUGACCACUCUUGGACAAAUCGUUAGAGACAUCAUUUUACCGAAAGGUGGCGCGGUUAGCGGUGUAGUAUUCUUUGGAGGAGAGACUUCCGCUGAAAAGUUUUUAACGGUCAUCACAAAUCUGCACCUCGGAAGAGACACGCCAUCCCUUAUUUUUUCUUCAGAAGUUGGAUUAUCUAAACAUACAUUCAAUGCAAAGACACUGCCAGCAUCGAGAGGAAAUCUUAUAGUCCGUCCUACAAGUCAACCGAUCAAACAAUUCUUAGAGUAUUGGAAAACAAUUUUCCGAAACAAAACAUUGAUUGCAGAGGAAUUGAAAACAAACCCCUAUAUGGAGGACGUAUUCUCGAUCAUAAAAGGGUGCUCUUUUGACGAUGUGUCGUGUGAUGAACCGACAGAAGUGGAAAUAGAAGCUUUCACUUCAGAUUAUGUAAUAUAUGAUCAGUAUGUGUUGGAUGCUGUCUGUAUUUUUGCGAAUACAUUAAAAAACUUGAGACAUGAAGUAUGUUUAAACGAUGCCUGUUCAUUACUGAAAUAUGACGGCCUGAAAGAGAUUUCCACAGCACUGAAAAAAGUAGACGUAAAUUCCUCUUCAGAGUUUGGAUCAAUUUUUCAUCUGAACGACCGGUUAAAAUUCAAUGAAAAUGGAGAACUUCGAUGGAAUGGAAAUACAGAUAUUUUUUCUGUUUAUAAUCACAGGAAAUGCCUUCAAGACGAAUCAAGUUACUGUUUUACUCAGGUUGCAACAUUCUCUGAAAAUAUAGUCGUUAACAGAACACUAUUGAAAGAUUAUGACCAAACUGGAAUGGAAAGACGCUAUCAUAAAGCACAGUGCAGAAAGGGAGACAUCUGCACAGCCUGUCUGCAAAAUAACGAGGAACUGUAUUACAAACCCGGAGAUCUUGUCAUUGUCGCUGCCUUUCCAAUUCACAAUGUUGGCUACAAUCCCCUGAAAUGUGGAGGAUUGCGAAGGAACAUUGGUUUUGACGUUGCUCUUUCUGUAGAGUAUGUGGUAGAAGAAAUAAACAACGAUUCCACCAUUUUUAACGGCACUUCUGUUGGGUUCCUCAUAUUAGAUACUUGUAAUGAUCCGCUCAUUAUUCAAGAGCGCAUGCUACGUCUGUUCAGGCACGAUAACUAUUCGAUACUUCCGCAUGAUAUAUUGGACAGAAUUCUUGGAUUUGUCGGACCUUUCGGGAGUACACAGUCGAUACCAAUGGUAUCACUUACAAAUAAGCUGCAAGGAAAACCUCAUGUUGGGUGUUGUGCAACGACCACAAAAUUAUCAAACAGAGAGCUGUAUCCAAACUUUUUGAGAGUUUCAAUGACUCUAGACAAAACAGCAGAAGCGAUGAUUCAAAUAGCAAAAACGCUGAAUGCGUUUUACAUCCAAAUCGUGUACAGUUCGGGAGAGUACGGCGAAGGUGGAAGAGAGGCAAUUGAAAUCAGUGCUAAGAAACAUGGAAUUUGUGUAGCCAAUGCAAUAGAAGUGCCAGAUAGGUCAAAUUACAUUGCGGUGAUUGACAAUCUUCGAGUCAAACCAUCGGCAAAAGUAGUCUUAACAUUUCUCCGUUCGUUUGGUGCACCAUACGUAAUGCAAGUGAUAACAGAAAAUAUGCAAUCCGAUGAUGAAUUUCAUUUUAUCGCCUCGGAGACCCUUGCCCCACGAAAGGACUUCCUGAUUCCUCGAUUAAGAGGCACUUUGGCUGUAGCUCAAGAAAUGCCACAAAAUCCUGGGUAUCUUCAAUAUUUAAAGUCCAAGUAUCCAAAACCAACAGACUCUAAUUCUUGGCUCCUUGAUAUAAUUCAAAGUCGUCAGAGAUGCUUUUUCCCGUGGAGUUUUAACAAGUCCAGUGUUCUAACGAGACCAUGUGGUCCAACUGACCAUUUAUCUAACAAUGACAUCAAUGCAAUAGACCCAUGGGCACCAUACCUACUAAAUGCAGCACAAGCAUUACUGAAAGCAUCUGCCAGUGCUCUACGUGAGAUAUGCAAAACGACAAAGUAUAUAUGCCCUGGAUAUCACGAAACCCAGAGAGUGGUACAGCACAUAAGAAAUGUUCACCUUGAUAUAAAUCAAAACGGUUCAUACGUUCCUGUUUUUGAUGAGCAUGGAAAUGGUGUUUAUGGCUACAAGAUAUAUCAGAUAGUACUAGACGGGAAUCUUUCAUACAAAUUGGUUGGACAAUGGUCACCAUCUUCAGGUCUCAUAUUUGAUAAGCACGAGGAGAUACUUUCAGAAUCUAAGAGUGAAAGCAGGUGCCCGAAUCAUCAAGACUGUAGUUUCUGCAAGCAAUUCCUGCAUCAGAUAAACACAGAUAUUGGUUACCAGAAUCUGGAUUCCUCUGACCGAUCUACAGGAUUCAUAGUGGGAAUAACAGUGGCCACUUUCCUUGCAGUGCUUUUUCUUUCAAUGUUUUGGUUCCAGUGUUAUAGGAACCGUAGAGAUGAGGUUGAUCCAAAUGCUCCUUAUCUGGACGUCUUUCAAAUUUAGCUGGAAUCCGAUACUUUAGGAUACAGCAGAGUCCAAGGAAGCAUCUAAAGUACACAGAACAGGUGAAAAUCUCCACAAGCGACCCUGCGAAAGGAUUCAGACAGAAUACCGCGUUAAUCACGUCAAGAUAUAAAAUUAGUAUACGGCAGAGGAAUUCACUGGACAUGCUAACAAUUCUAAUGACAAGGUCGUCAACGCUGAAUCGUACCUAUCCUUUUCAUUUGUGAGGUCGAAGUGUUUUGAUCGUAACAUAUGACAAUCACGAGCAUUGUAUAUUUCCAAUAUUGUCAGUUAAUGUUUCGCGGUCUUAAAUGUGUCGUGAAAAUAUCGACAAAAUAUGGAGUAUAUUAAAAUAUAUACAUGUAGCAUAGAAUAGAUAUGGGAAAAAAAACCCACUAAGAAUGUCCCAAUAUCAUGAAGGUACGAUUCUCCACUGCAAAUGUAUAAUACUACACCGCAUAUUUUCUAGAACAUUUCUAAACACUGGGUGAAAGAUGAUAACUAAAGUGCACGAAAAUUGCUGCUAAAGUCGUCUAUUAGAAAACUUUAUAAGAAAAUUCUAGAACAUCGAGUAUAAAACACUAAGAUGGGUUGGUGUUUAGAUGUUUCAUAAUCAUUUUUGUCUGAGAGCGGUAGGAUUCCAGUGGCACUUUUGACGAAUUCUGGAUGUUUUGCUGUUAUUAAGGAGUAGUAAUGAUCUAUUUAUAACAGCUAUGUUCCGGUAAUGACGUCAUACGAAAUUGCAUAUUUGUCAUAUAGUUUUGAUACAAAAUUAUCUUAAGUAUAUCGUUGUAUAUUUAUGCCACCACUUAUCAGAUAAUUAUGCCGAAUUGUUGGUUAAUUAUUUCGACUUGUCAGACGAUUUUGUCUACUUGUCAAACAAUAAGUUUAAAAAGUAACCGUCAAAAUGAUUUCGCGCCCAAAAGGUGUCAUUCACUUAAUUAACAAUGCAAUGAUCUGACAAGCUGACAUAAAGAUCUGACAAGCUGCCAUAAAGAUCUGACAAGUCGACUAAAUGAUCUUUUUGUCGACUUAUCAGAUGAUUAUUUUGACUUGUCAGAUAAUGAGUUUGAUUUGUCAGAAAUUAAGGCGGAAAGUAGAUGUCAGUGAUUGGCAUUAGUACAUCAGAAAUUUGAAUAUCUUUAAAAAUUCAUCUUUUAUUUACUGCGGACAUUUUUAUAUUGAAGUUUUAUGGCUUGAAUUUCGACAAUUUUCCUCCCACCUUUUAAAAAGGUGUUAAAUCAUCGCACAUUGAAAGCAGGGUCCUUGAUUAUGUCAUUUGGUGGGCUUUUCAAAUUUCGAUUAAUUUCAUGACGAAUGCUCUCUAGGAAAUUCGCCUUGUAGUAACUGUCAUCGACUUUGCUGAGGUCCAUGUAAAAAUAACCAAGAUAAUCAUCCUAUUUCACAUCAUCAAAGGUCUUAAAAUCUGCGUAUUCACUCUUUUCUAAUAAAGUCUUCAGAUACCUUU